UGAUUGGAGGCUUGUGACAGCGGGCGGAGCGGGCCUGGGACGCAGUGCGGGCAGAGCAAGCUGGGGUGACUGAUUGGUGGAGACUCCGCGGGGUCCCCCACGCUCCCCCCAUUCCUUAAUGCUCCUGCUCUGGCUGGGGAAUCUGGGCAUGGCGAGUUCCGCGUGGGAGCGUUUCCCCCCGCCGCGGGCGGAGGGAAAUGAAGGCUUCGGACAGAGGCUAAAGGGUGACCGUUGGCGGGGAUGAGUCGGCGCAUGCGCGACAGAGACGCCCCUCCCCCCGCCUCUGCGAGAGGACUUUGGGGUCCGUGCGUGCGCAUAUUGUUUUCCGAUGAGGGUCCAGGAAGGGUCAGCACCAAGGACGCUCUGAGACGCGCUCUCUCUAGCUUUCCCCCUCACCCACGCCCUGGGUCUCUUGGGUAAUGUGAGAGCCGCAACCAGGCCGAGCAGGGAUGCGGGUGAUGUUUCAGCCUCCGGUGACUUUCAGGGACGUGGCCGUGGACUUCUCACUAGAAGAAUGGAGACUCCUGAGCCCGGCCCAGAGGGCCCUGUACAGGGCCGUGAUGCUGGAGACCUUCGAGAACCUGGUGUCCCUGGAUUACCCGAGUUGGCACGUUAGGUGUGAAACUGAGGAUUCAGUUCUGCCUGAGGGCAUUCAUCCAGAAACCUUGGCCCAAGACAGAUCAGCAGUGGACAGUAACUGGUAUCCCAAAGUGGGAGACUCCGAGGAAUGGGAAGUUAGGUUAGAGAGGCAGGAGGAGGGCUACCAAGAGAGACAGUGCCAGCAAGUGACAGUCACUUCCCAAAGACCUUUUAAUAUGGGGAGUGUACCUGAACGUGGCACAUUUAUUAGACGUCUUAACCUGGACCCGUUCCUUUUUCCACAAUGGAGAGGCAACGUGGAAGAACGAUUCCAUAAAACACUUGGAAAGAAAGUCUUUGGCAAGAGAUUAAAUCUUAAUGGGUGUGAGAAAAUUCAUUCUGGAGAAAGCCCCUCUGAAUGUGAUAUCUGUUGGAAAACCUUCAGGAACAGGGAAACACUUGGUAAACACCAGAGAACUCACACUGGAGUAAAAUUAUUUGAAUUUAAUGAAUGUGAAAAAGGCUUUCGUAAUGAGGGAACGCUUAUUGGACAUCAGAAAUCUUCUGGAGUGAAACCCUUUGAAUGCAGUGAAUGUGGGAAGGCCUUCAGUGGGAAGGCUUAUCUGAUUAUCCACGAGAGAACUCAUACUGGAAUGAAACCCUUUGAAUGUGAUAAAUGUGGGAAAGCCUUCAUUCGGAAGGAAUACCUUCUUAGCCAUCAGAGAACUCACAGUGGAGUGAAACCCUUUGAAUGUAACGAAUGUGGCAAAGCCUAUAGUCAGAAGGGAAACCUUAUAAGCCAUCAGAGAAUUCACACUGGAGUGAAACCAUUUGAAUGUAACGAAUGCGGAAAAACCUUCAAUCAGAAGGGUUACCUUAUUAGCCAUCAGAGGACUCAUUCUGGCCUGAAACCCUUUAAAUGUCGUGAAUGUGGGAAAGCCUUCACUGCUAAGAGAACCCUUCUCAGCCAUCAGAGAACUCACACUGGAGUGAAACCUUUUGCAUGUAAUGAGUGUGGCAAAGCCUUCAGUGAGAGGGGAACCCUUCUUAGCCACCAGAGAACUCAUACUGGAGUGAAACCCUUUGAGUGUAAUGAAUGUGGGAAAGCCUUCCUUCGGAAGGGUCACCUCAAUAGCCAUCAGAGAACUCAUACAGGAGUGAAACCCUUUGGAUGUGAUGAAUGUGGGAAAGCCUUCAGUCAGAAGGGACACCUCAUCAGUCAUCAGAGAAUCCAUACUGGAAUAAAACCCUUUGGAUGUAAUGAAUGUGGGAAAGCUUUCAGGCAAUGGGGCACUCUUAGUAAUCACCAGCGAACUCAUACUGCGGUCAAAACUUUUAUAUGUAAUAAAUGUGGGAAAACUUUCAGUGAGAGGGGCACUCUGACAAAACAUCAAAAAACCCAUAGCAGACUGAAUGAAGCGAAUGUGGGUGCACAUUUGGCUAGAGAGAAAAACUUUCUAAUAUAAGAGAAUUCAUACUAGGGGAAAUCUUUUACAAGUAAAUAUGGACACAUAAUUAUUGAAAUAUAAUAAAGAAUAAGAUUUAAAAAAUCUUUUUUGUAAUUUCUUGAGUAAAAACGUAUAAUGAUGUGCAGAAGGAGGAGAAUUCCCUUUCCUUCCGUGUUGGUACUGUUACUCUUCUGGGCAUGUUUUUCUGUUUUCUCUUUUCAUAUAAUGUGCACCCUCACUCUGCUUUCAUUAUUCUUCAUCAUUUCACGUAAAUGAUUGCAGGCAAGUGGAAUGGGAAAUCCCAACUCGAGGUAGAUGGGACUACAGAGUUCUCCCUGAGACUCGGUUGGAUGUAACUGUGGCAGACACUGGGCUCCGCAGGUCAAAUGACUUCAGAGAAGCAGAGUGGGUGAAAAGGAUGCUGUGGCAGCAUUGCCCACUGGGAUAUCCUGAUGUGAGGGAACUCCAGAAGUUGGAGGGGAAGCAGGGUGGAGAGUGAUUGGGGCAAGAUGGGGGAAGGUGAAAUGUUAAAUAUUAAAAUUAAAGACUAUAUUCUGUUAGCAAACGAAAGCAAUCAUAAAGUAAACACAUGAUAUAUUUUGCCUGUGAUACAUCAUACUUAAAGUCAAUUGUAGAAAAUAUUUGGGAAAAAAAUUACUAUAUUGUUGAAAUCUACCUUUAGGUUGUUAGAAAAUUGUCUAACCCAAAGCUUAUAGUAGGUCAAGCUGACUUGAUGAUGUUCUGAGGAAGUUUGAUGUCUUCAAAGAAUACUUAAAUCCUACAUAGGUGUUGUUUGGGGUCCAUCUCAAAUUGGUGUUUUGGGUCCCCCAAAUUUGAAUUUUUAUACUUACCUGGUGAUGUACAUUUCAAAUUGCCCCUACUGCCUACUUAAGGCCAAUGAGGCAAAUGUCUUUAUGUCCUUGUCAAACUCUAUAAAUAACUUGAGGAAGAAGGUACACCUUUUUCUAGUUUUCUCUUUUGACAAAUAAGCUAAAGGAGAUCAAACUUCUCAGUUAUCUUUGUUUUUUUGUUU